AGAGAGAGAGAGAGAGAGAGAGCGCAAUAAUGAAGCACGAAGGCAAGUACCAUUUCAGCCACGAGCACAUAAUGAUACCCAUCGAACUAGACGAAGACGACGAAGUCAAAUGCAACGCCUGCGAACAGCUCCUCACGGAGCCGUUCAUCGGGUGCCCGCCUUGCCAAUUCUUCCUCCACGAGAACUGCUUCCAUGUUCCUCGGUCAAUGGACCACCCAUCGCACCCCUCUCAUCCAUUGACCCUCGAUCCAACGCCUCCACAUCCGUACACCUGCAAUGCGUGUGGGUCCCACGGUAAAGCCUUCGGCUUCGGAUGUGGGGCCCACUGCGAGUUCCAUCUCCACUUGCGAUGCGCAAUCUUGCCCGAGACUUUUUCGUACGACGACGAACACCCGCAUGGUCUCGAGCUAGUGUUCGAACCACCUUCGUUCAAGAAUCUCGGAACAAGUGAUGAUAGUCAACUAGUUAAGAUUCCGUGUUACAUAUGUAACGAAAAUCAGGUUUCGUGGUUGUACUAUUGUGAAGCAUGCGAAUACGUCGCCCAUCUCAAAUGCUUGUUGUCGAAAUACGAAGAGAUGGAAUCGUAUGUUGUUUCUGAUUAUUCGUCCGAUCAAGAAGAUGACGAUUAUGAUGACAUCAUUCAAAACCUUCGGAUUUGAUGGGGUGAUGCAUGUGACAUAUAAUCACCCAUAUCUAUAUAUGCCUGAUUGAUGUUUUUAACUUUAACUUUUUAGCAUCAAAGUGAAAUUCACUUGAUUUUUUUAUUUG